AAUAGGACAAAACACAAAUUAGGGUUUAUCAAAGGUUCUGUCGAGUCGCCUGCUCACUUCAAUUUCUUUGCAAGAAGCUCAAGAGUUUCGUAAGUUUGAAGGAAGAUGGUGAGGCCGUAUGGGAUUAAAGUGAACAAGAGAAAGGAGAGACCAGAGAGGUAUGAUAAGGAAGAAGAUGAGGAAGAGGAACAACCCAAGUUUGAGAAAAAGCAAAAGGCAGGGAAGAGUUCGAAGAAAUCGAAGAAAGAAAACACUUCAGUAGCAGAGGAAGAUAAUGAAGAGAAGGAAAUAACUGAGGAAGAAGAAGAAGAAGCAGCAGCAUCAGCAGAGGAUAUUGUGGGAGGGAUACCUAUUGUCCUAGGUGAUCGUAGCACUAGAACGGAAAAGCCUGGCGUUGUUUUUGUGCUUGAGAAGGCCUCUCUUGAAGUUGCCAAAGUUGGAAAGACUUACCAACUGCUAAACUCGGAUGAUCAUGCUCAUUUUUUGAGAAAAAAUAACAGAAAUCCGGCUGAUUACCGACCAGAUAUCACUCAUCAGGCUCUUCUAAUGAUUUUGGAUAGUCCGGUUAAUAAGGCUGGGAGGUUGAAAGCAGUAUAUGUUAGAACAGAAAAAGGUGUCCUUUUUGAAGUUAAGCCACAUGUUCGUAUACCAAGAACUUUCAGACGAUUUGCCGGAAUCAUGUUGCAAUUGCUACAGAAGCUGAGCAUUACUGCAGUUGGCAACCGUGAGAAACUUUUACGGUGUAUCAAGAACCCUGUCGAAGAUCAUCUACCAGUUAACUCCCUAAAAAUAGGCUUCUCGCAUAGCUCUGAGAAGCUCGUGACUAUGCAGAAACACUUAAGUACUGUCUGUAAUGAUACAGACACAGUUUUUGUGCUCGGUGCAAUGGCACACGGGAAAAUAGAGUGUGACUACAUUGAUGAUUUUGUGUCGAUUUCAGCCUACCCCUUGAGCGCAGCGUACUGUAUCUCAAGAAUCUGCGAGGCAUUAGCAACAAAUUGGAAUAUUAUAUGAAGUUAUUACUAGCCUGCACUUAAAGUUGUUUCGUCUUCUUCUCUACUGUUCUAAUACUGGAAUUACUUUGGAAGUUAUGUUGAUAUACAUUGGCCAUCUACUAUCUAAGUUUAUACUUUUUCCGUAAAGAAA